CAAAACAAAACAGAAACACGUGAAUGGGCGGUGGGUGUCCAAUUUCAACCGUUUUCGCCAACAGCAACAGUUACUAUGGUUACUAGUAUACCGAUUUGCUCAUAAUAAUAAUCCAGUACAUUCUAAAAAGUGCGGAAGAAUCUAUUAGUGUUUUAUGAUAAAAUGGAUGACGACGAGUACAAAAAUCUAACAGAGAGCUUUUGCAGCAAUGCUCAAAGCCCCGAAAGAAUGGUUCGUCAGCGAUCACUGAAGGCGUUUCUGGAUUUCGUUCAUCAAAAACUAACGGCCGAGCAGGCACCGGCAGUUUUUGACUGUACUUAUCUGCACAUCCUACGGUGUUACGGUGAUCGAUUCGAGAUGAUUCGAAAUUUGGCAAUCACGCUCAUUGGAGAACUACUGGACAAGCUUGCCGCAAACGAUUUCUAUUUGGGUUAUAUUGUUCCCGUGAUCAGUCGUCGAAUUGGUCAAUCAGAGUUAAUCGAGGAAAGUGAAGAAAUUCGUCUACAAUUGCUGGAACAACUUGAAUGUAUAGUUCGGAAAUAUGCUGAUCCAGAUGGGAGUCGUGGAGAUCCAUUGUUGAAAUCAUAUGACAAUAUUAUCGAUAUCCUAGUGAAAAGUUUGAAAGAUCCCUAUCCAGCUGCACAGAAAAAAAGUUGUGAGCUGGUGAAAUUGUUGGCAGAAUCAACCCCAAGUAUGCACUUUCGUGCCGAAGCCUUAGUCCGUCCUGCUACCGGUGUGCUAAAACAUCGCCACUCUGCCAACAGGAUUGCGGCUAUGGAAGCAUUAGGCAUGUUGUCACUUCAUAUCCAUUCGAAUUCAGACUGCGUGUCGCAGAUAAUAGUUGAUAUUUCACCUCUGCUUAUGGACGAUGUCCCCUUUGUGCGUAUGGCAUGUGGAAGGGUCGGAUGUAUGAUGUUCAUGAAACUAAGAGAUCGAUACUCCUUGUUUCCACGGAUACUACCGCUGGUGUUGAAUUGUCUAACCGAUGAUACACCCGACGUUUACGAGGAUAUUCUUCCACGCUGGAAAGAGGCCGGCGAGUUGUACUACACGGAAAAUGAGACGGAGCUUUCGAAAAUGAAACUGAUUGACAAGACUCCGGCUAACUACCCGCUGGAAUACGAACGUCCUACUCUUCCCUGCAGGGCAAUUGUUCAGCGUAGCCUACGAAUAGUCAAUCUUAUUCUUCAUGAAAUGGAAGAGUGGACGGAGUCUAUUCGGUUACACUCUACCAAGUUGCUGAAAUUGGUGGUUCUUCACUCGGAAAAGGCGAUCUCUACUCUAUUUCUGGAAGUAAAUCCUGUACUUAGCAAAACGUGCAUGGAUACUGAUGUACUGGUGAAAGAAGAAGCUUUGAAAGUAGCUCGCCUUUGCGGCAUUCUAUUAGAAUAUGACACUUGGAGUAAACAUACUUUUGCCGAGUUUAAAAAGUUCCCCACUUUGGGUCAUUUGAGGUGUCUUAGAGUUAUGUAUCAAUCUUCUGGUGUGGAGAAAUUGAGAGAUUUGUUGAAAAUAGUAUCCUUAUUAACUGACACAGAUGUUUGUCAUAACAGGAAACAGACUUAUCAGUUGGAAUUGCUGGAAUUUUGCGAUGCGCUUGUUACCGAUUAUCAUCGUGUGUACAACGCAACCGAAAUCGAAGGUCUUGAUAAUGAAAUUGAACAACUCAAGGUGGAAAAAAUACUGUACACAGUAGUACUGAAACUAGCAGCUUUUAGCUAUGAAGAUGUUGGCCCAGUUAGGGAUCGUGCUUUGGAUGUUCUGCUUAAAUUGGGUGAUUCUCGAACGGCACAACUUCACGAGCGUCAUCUGGCAGACGUUUGCGAAUCGCUGGAGAAUUUGGAAUCGUCCAAUUCGGAUUCAGCAGAAAGCAUUAUGCUGCUGGCCGGACUGGUUUUCGUGUGUGGUUUUCGACAGUCAUAUCAUCGAGCCGUUAAGACGGCGCUGGAAACUGCACUCAAGCACGCGAUUCCACAGGGAAAAAUCAAACUUUUCAGUUCGAUAUCUAUCGCGAUGCUGCAGUGGAAUAAAACGAUGCUAGAUGUGACCCCUGCGGAACAGGUCGCACUGUUACGAGAAUUUAUCGAAGACAUUAUAUCACCUUACAUGGUAUGGGCCGCCGGUAGAAGUGCUGAAUCAAUUCGCUCGAUGGCCACAGCUUGUUUCUGUUCCAUGUCCCAGGGAGUUGAAAAUGCUAUUUUCAUUACCCUACUACCAGGUCAGCUCAAGACCUUGGUCGGGUUGAUCGAAGACCACAGUAUUGCGACUCGGGCCUACGCACUGAGGACUUUAUUGGCGAUGAGUCCCAUGGAUUUUGCGAACUUGAAACUGGUUGCGUUUCCGAUUGUCUCCCGGUUGGAUGAUCCAAGCAGUGAAGUUCGCGAACUAGCGGCCAAAUGUUUGGGUUGUUUGCGUUUGGUGAACGCGGGCGCUGAAGAAGCUGAACACACCCACUGGGAGGAAACGUUCAAACCGAUUCUUAAAAUCAUGUUUCUACACUUGGAAAAUCCAGAACUGAAACUGCGCAAAGUGAUACUUGAUUCCAUCGCAAGUCAGCUCGUUCAUCAUCGUGCACUAAUCAAAGACCUGGCUAAUGAAGUUGCUUCGGGAUGCCCAUACAAGAAGGAUCUGGAUGAAAUCCUCACCGGCCAAUAAACACUGCUAUGACUCUGUUGCUCUCAAUUGAAGAGCAUCAUCGUCAUCAUCAUCAUCAUCAUCAUCAUCGCCAUCAGGAACCGGAAUGCCGUUCGAAUACAAAGCCAAUCGCCAGAAUAAUUGAUUCAAAUCGAGUUUCAGUUGAACGGAAUCGUCUUCAGUAGCGGCAUGCAACCCUAGAUGUUCCGAAUUGUGUUUUUUUUUGCAAGGCUCACUCUUGAUUAUGAAACUGGCUCAUCAAAGAUUCGAAUUGAUGCAUAACAUGGAAAAUAGGACUGCGUUUUGGAGAGAUUUUCGAAAGAUUUUUAUUCCACGUCUGCGCUUUUACUGGUCUCACCACAGCCACAUACCUCCCAGAAAUCCAGUUGCAUUUGCUGCUACACCGGGACUUUUUGCUCGUGAUUACAAUUAUAGAUUUUCAUUUCUUUCAUCUAUCGCGCGGGGAAAGGUAGGAAUCGACAAGCAAAAAAAAAAGCGGAAGCCAUUCUUUCCUAUUCUAAUUUUAGCAUUUCUGAUGGAUUCCGAUCCCAAUUUGGUUCAGGGUACAUUUUAGCUGUGUAAUGCAUCAAUAAACAUAAUUUAUUAUUGGUUCA